GUUAGGCUUUAUGUGUUUGUGGCUUUUAACUAGGAUGGAGCUUCAGCUAUGGCAGAUUUCAUUUUUUCUUCCCCUUCUUCUCUUGUCAUCAUUGGAUCAAUUAGUUAUAGAGAUGGUGUCCACCUUGAUUUGAUCUUCUAUGGAGGGGAUCUGUGGCCUGUUCUUUGAUACUAGAUGAUCCUGGACGCAGCGCACUAAGAGGUAUGCAUUUGGGUGACUGGAAAUGCCGUGGUUCCCAGACAUUGCGAAUCCGGCUUUCUGCGAGACCUUGCAUUUGCGGAAAAUCAUUCUAGAGAAGCAGCACCCAAACUGGUCGUCCAGCCGCCCACGAGUGUUAGAACCCGGAAGUGCUGAGUUUAUAGCCGCCUUGGCCGCCGGGAGCAACUCUCGCCGAAUUCUCCACAUUGGCUGCGGCCUCUCCACCAUCGCCCUCGCCGCCGCCGCUCGAGCAACCGGUGGCUGCCUCGAGUGCGUGGACACCGACCGCCAGAAGCAGGCCGUCGUCGCCCGCUACGUCCUGGACCUCGGCCUCAGCGACUACGUGGACUUCUUCCCGGACAAGCCCGGCUCCUUCGUCUUGGACCGGGAAGGCUUCGACUUCGUGCUCUUCACUGGCGAGCCGGAGAACUACAUCGACUACUUUGACAGCCUGAGAUUCACGCACGCGGCCAUCAUCGUCGCUUACAAUGCGCUGGACGACGCCACCAACGAGUACAUAAAGCACGUCCGUCAGCAGCCGGGGGUCGACUCGUCCACGCUCCCGGUCGGUCGAGGCAUCGAAGUUUCGAAGAUCCUUUCGUGGGAGAGUUUUAGAGCCGGGAGGAAGACAUACUGCGAGCUCUUGGACGAUGACUUCUCCAGUCCGGCGGCAACCUUGACGAGGUUUGACGUGGUUGGAGCGGCAGCAGACUUGUCGGACAGUGUCUAUGAAUCGGUGGCACCGCCGUGGGACGUGGACGUGAACUCUCGCUCGAGCUGCCUGGAAGAACAGGAUGCCGGGACGGUGUCUCCGACUCUGAGCAUUGGAACUUCGCUGGAAGAGGAGAGCGCCAGGAUCCACGACGCGGUGGUGGACUCGGGAGGAGCCGAGAGCGUCGGCAUUCACUUCCAGAACGUCGGCAAGCAAACCGAGAUCAAAGUCGAGGGGCCGGAUCGACACAUGCUCCUGGCGGACAUCAUUCUGGCUCUCAACGAAGCUGGCGUCAGCGUUCAAGGAGCGAAGAUCUCGACGCAGGAUAGCCGAGUGGAGGAUGUGUUUUACGUGGUGGAGGAGGGUACCGGUGGCGUGCUCGACAUGGACCAGCAAGAGUUCGUGAGAUCCAAGAUUUUGAAGAAAAUUUCCCAGAGAGGAGAAUGACUAUUUGCACAGACAAGUUGUAUUAUUAACAAGAGAAAGAAAAACGUUUCCUACUAAGCC